GGAUUUUCAUGAAACUACCAAGUUUGUUGGUAGAGUUGACGGUAGCAUUUUUCAUAGAAUUUUCUGUUCGGCCUCAAAAAUCUGUAAUUUGAAGGAAUUUCCUUAUUCCUCCCAUGUCUCAUGUAUCUGUGCCUACAAAUAUUUAUGUAGAUUACGCGGGGCAAUAGAAAUGUUGAAGUUGAUGAAUGCUACGUCAGAAUACAUUCGUAGUGCAAUCAAGAAGACUUUUGAGGGUCUGACUAUUAUCAAGAUGGAUCGUGUUUCCUGGUUUCCAUAUCACGUCUAUAGAUAGAUACAAUGUCCAAUGAACCCUUGUACGAAAGCAUAAAAGCAAAAUGUAAAUUAAUGACCGAUUAAAUAUAUUUGUAGCGAUAAGAAACAACGAAGAUUACUGACGACUAAAUGGUUUUCGUGGAGUCAGUCUAUGUGCAUUGGGAAUCCUCUUGUAACCGCAUCCUGCUGGAGGAACGAUUUAUGAUUGAAACUUUUGGAUGUUAUAAUCAUUGUGGACCUAUUACUAGUAGUAUAAGAUGUCCUGCCUCUUUCAUCGAAAAUACUCUUUGACUUCUGUGGAAGGUACACUCUGUAUUGUCAAAGCUAUUCUUCGGGUCUAGACUUGAUUUUGAAUAGAUCAAAAUUAAGAUGUCUGGAGGUGAAAAGAAGAAACGUAGUGGUGGUCGUGGCCAAGGGUGGGAAGAAGCUGGUGCAGAAUUUUAUCAGGAGAGUUAUCCUGCUGCAAUCGAGGCAGAUCUUCAACAGGCUCUGCAACGGGAUCCAGCUCACAUUGCAACUUUACUUCCUAGCAAGAAGUCUCGUGUUGCCACAACAAAACGUGUCCGCAAUGAGCCCAGAACAACUUUGAGAAGACGUACGAGUACACGUUCACGUGGAGCAAGUACAGCCAGAAGAAUGUCUAUGAAUGUCCACGAUGCAGCAGUCUCCAUGCUUCCUGAUUUAUCAGAAAAUCUUUCAAAUGAAGAAAGAACAUGGGAAGAGAUAAUGCAGAUAAAAGCUAUGCCAGUGUGUAUGGCACAAAAGAUGCAGUUGAAGAAUCAGUUGCAGAGUGCAACCAAGCUACGUCUUCAAGGCUUUGAUCAACUAAAAUGGCAACGUCGUAAAGCCUGGCAGGAAUUCAGCAGUCGUAUAAAGGAGACAUACUCGAAGAUAGAGUUAUGGAAUCAUAGUCUGAAAAAGAUUGGGGGUAACUUCGGUACCGGUAUCGUCGCGUAUUUCCUGUUCAUCAAAUGGCUAAUGUUUUUGAACAUUACUGUUUUCGCCGUUAUAUUCUUCUUCAUCGUCCUGCCAGUGAUAGUCUUGGAACCACCAGAAAGUGAGAGCUGCGGUACCUCUGAUAACUACAGUAUAGCCUGUUGCUCUGAAGCUUACUUAAACUCUACUAACGUGAGUAACAGUGUCAUUGAAUUGGUGCAAGGUGGAGGCCUUUUAGAGUACACCUUGCUCUUUUAUGGAGUAUAUACCUCUCAGAUUUACGGUCUCAUUGGAGAAAAUGUCUACUAUAACCUUCCUCUGGCUUAUAUCUGUGUGGUUACUGCAGUAUUUUUAAUGAGCUUAAUAGCUAUAGUGAGAGCAGCAGCGAAAGGUUUCAAGGAACGUGUUGUGGAAGGUGAGGGCCAGUUUUAUCAGUACUGCAAUAUUAUCUUUGGAGGCUGGGAUUAUUGUAUACAAAAUGAAAAAAGCGCUAAUAUAAAGCACAAAGCACUUUAUAAUGAGAUUAAAGCCUUUCUUGAAGCUGAAAAGAUGGAGGAGGAACGCCAGAAUCGUACACGUGAGGAAAAAAUUAAGUUAUUCUUGAUAAGACUCUUUAUAAAUCUUUUAGUCAUUUCCAUUUUGGGUUGUGCUGGAAUCUUUUUGUUCUACGUCAUUGAAUUUUCAUUCGGACAAGUGAAUCUUCAAACAAUUACGAGGUCGCAAGAUCUAAGUUACAUAUCCUUGAAUAACAUCAUUCAGAUGGUUUAUGAAUUCUUACCCUAUAUUUGUAUCGUGGGCUUAAAUAUGGUGCUGCCUUUCAUAUUUUACUACCUGGUAGCAUUAGAGAAUUACAGUCCACUGUUUGUUGUAAGAGUAACUUUAAUCAGAACAGUGUUUUUACGUUUGGCGUCUCUAGCCGUGCUUCUCACUAGCUUUUACACAAUAGUAACAGUUAAGGUAGAGGAAGAUGAGUGCACGAGCUCAUCAGGUAGACGUCCAAUGUGCUGGGAGACGUUCGUAGGUCAGCAAUUCUUUAAGCUGUACCUAACAGACUUUUUCAUCCAAUUCUUUGUAACCUUCUUCAUUAAUUUCCCACGAUCAUUAUUGGCGCAUCAUACGGAGCACAAGAUAUUGCGCUUUGUAGGUGAACAAGAGUUCAAUCUACCCAAGCAUGUACUUGAUGUUGUCUAUUCCCAAACAAUUUGUUGGUUAGGUUUGUUUUUUACACCAUUGUUACCGUUAAUGGCGAUUAUAGGUACAUUUCUUAUGUUUUAUAUAAAAAAGUUUGCUUGUUUGGUAAACUGCACACCAGCUAGUCAAGUCUAUCGUGCCAGCAGAUCCAAUUCACUGUUUAUGUUCAUACUAUUGCUAUCCUACGUACUAGCUAUCAUUCCAGUGAGCUAUAUAAUAGCUGAAUUACAACCAUCCAAGUCUUGUGGACCUUUUCGAGGCUAUGAUACAGUUUGGUCGCUGAUGAUAGAGACUUUUAUGCAAUUUCCAAAUUGGUUACAGUCUACACUUUUCUUCUUGGGUACAGCCGGUUUUGGUAUCCCAGCUUUUGUUGUUUUGUCUUUAUUACUUUACUAUUAUUAUGCCGUGACUGUGGCCAAUAAACAUAUGGUAACUGUGCUGAAAAAUCAGUUGAUACUCGAAGGUCAUGAUAAGCAAUUUUUAUUGAAUAGACUAAGUGCUUUUAUUAAACAGCAACAGGAUCAAGCAAAGUAUCGUCAAGAUCAAGCUAACGAGUUAGCAACUUUUACGUAAAUCCUUUGUUAUUGAAUAAUAAUUUAUCAUCAUUGUUGUAUGCUAUACAGUGAUUGACAGUAUUGUUUCAUUAAUUACACAGCAUUUAAUUGACAGGACCAAAACAACACAUAUAGUAGAGAUAUUCAUAAAUAACAAAAACACUUACUAGCCAUCUGCUCAAAUUUUACAUGGAUAAAUAAUUUAAAUAUCGGUUAUACCUCAAAGAGGAUUUUAUUUAUUUAUACAUCCCAUGAGAAAAAUCCACGCCUUGUAUGACAAUACUUUUUACCACUUUCAUUUUUUUUGCAUUCAUCAUUGCACAAGUUUUGAAAAAUUUACAAAAAAGUGAUGAAAAGUACGAGUUCUCGCUGGCACAAAUUUGUUUUAUGAUCUUACGGCACGAGCGAUCAAACGUGGAGAAAAAAAAUUAUAAUUUAGGUGCUUUCUACAUAAUUGGACAAAAGUGAUAAAAUUGCGGACCUAUUUUUAGAUUAGAAUAUCACUAGAUCUAGCGCGAAAUUAUCUCAAAUUUUGUACAUACAUAUAUCGUAACUAUUGUAUAGUAGUAGUAUGUGAAAAAUUUGUUCCUGCUUGUCCCCCCUUUUUUUAAAAUCAAUAUUGCAGGCCUAUUGAUUAUAACUGUCCAUUUAUUCAAUCUCUUCGCGUUCAUAAGAUAUUAUAUACAACGUGUACUUAAAUAGUUUAAUCCUUUCAGUCACAAAGGUGCUUUAAGUAUUAUAUUCCACGUACAGCUAUGUUAUUUUAUUUUUUGUUAAGAAUACAUUCUUCUUUAUAAAUUUAGUUUAACUUAUAUCUUUAAUAGUCAUAUUAACUAUCACGUCACUAAAAGCAAAAGGUAUGUAAGCAUAGGUUUUUCAGCAAACAUACGUCUAUUUGCUUUUAGUCGCGUCUUUAUCCAUAAAAAGGUUAAAACAUUAUGUGGAAAAAAAGUGCAAGUAUAGUAUACUCAUAUUUCUAAUAUUAAACAAAAAAUUUAAAAAACGAAACAUUGCGAUAACGUGGCCAAAAAUUAAUUUACUAGAAUAAUUAUUCCAUUUUUGAUAAAAAAAAUACUUUUGUACACAUUUUUCUAAGGUCAUCUAGAAAUUCGUUUAGGGUUGGUGUUUGAUAAAAUAAAAAGUGACAAGAACAGGAGUGUUCUUCAGGAGAAUAUGGCCUGAAUUUGAAAAUGUUCAUAAAUGUAAAGUAUCAAAGAACAAGAAAUUUAAAAAAGGAGAAAAUUACAGAACGAAUUUUAAGAAAAUAAUGAAUCUUUUUUAAAGAUGAAAAAAACAGCGCCUAUUAAAAAUUUUUCAGUUCAUCUAUAUUAGUAGAUAAUAAUGUAAAAUGAAAAUGGGCGAAGCACAUCUAAUUAGAAUUAAUUAAAAUGAACCAUAAGUUUAAGAUUAUAAUCGUAAUUGUGCUAGUCUUAUUAAUUAAUGCAUAUCUAGUUUAUAAACGUAACGCCCAUAAACAUUGUACAUUUUUUAGUGUAAAUAUGAGACAAGAUUUCGUUUAUUUUGUUAUUUUACAUUCUGCUUAAAUUAACAAAUAGAUAUCUUGCCCAGUAUACAAAAGUAAGUUUUAUCAUAUAAAAUAUAUGUAGUGACGAUAAAUAUAACAAUAGAUAUUAUACAUAGUCGUAAUAAGAAUAAACUGAUUAAACACUCACUAAAGUGGGUCAUUAACGAGUUACCAAAUACUGAAAGGUGUUAAAUUAAAAAAAGAAUACAAAUGCUUUAGUUACUUAAAAA